AGCCAUCAUCUCCCCGUUCGCGCCUCUUCCCGCCUCGUCCGUCCCGCAAAGCGUUCCGCCAGCCGUCACCGUGGUAACGCGGCCUGGCCCUGGGGCCUCGCGCGGCCAUGCUGCUCUGGAGGCGAGCGCUGCGGGCCGCGGGGCCCCUCCGCCCGGCCGCCGCCCCCUGCCCCGGGGCCGCCCGCCGAGGCCGCUGCGGCCCGGGCGAGCGGCCGGUGGGGCGCGGGGCCGCGCUGCCUGCGGGGCCGGACCUGCGGCACUUCCUGAGAGGGGCCGCCGCGGGGGAGCCGCGGCCUGAGCCGCAGCCGGGCUCUGCCCCAGGGACCGGGAAAGUGUACCUGGAGACAUAUGGCUGCCAGAUGAACGUCAAUGACACAGAGAUUGCCUGGGCCAUCCUGCAGAAGAAUGGCUACAUGAGGACAAAGGACCUGGACGAGGCAGAUGUGAUUCUCCUUGUCACCUGUUCUGUGAGGGAGAAGGCAGAGCAGGCUAUCUGGAAUCGCCUGCAGCACCUCAAGGCGCUGAAAGCUCGGCGGCAGCAGGCUCGCGUACCUCUCCGUAUUGGGAUUCUAGGAUGCAUGGCUGAGAGGCUUAAGGAGGAGAUUCUGCACAGGGAGAAGCUAGUCGAUAUUGUGGCAGGCCCUGAUGCAUAUCGUGAUCUUCCCCGGCUGUUGGCCGUGGCAGAGUCUGGCCAGCAAGCUGCUAAUGUCCUGCUAUCGCUAGAUGAGACUUAUGCAGAUAUUCUGCCUGUCCAGACUAGCGCAGGUGGCACGACAGCAUUUGUAUCUAUCAUGCGGGGCUGUGACAACAUGUGUAGCUAUUGCAUUGUGCCCUUCACCCGUGGCCGUGAAAGGAGCCGCCCCAUUGCAUCCAUCCUGCAGGAAGUGAGGAUGCUCUCGGAUCAGGGAGUGAAAGAAGUGACCCUUUUGGGUCAGAACGUCAACAGCUUUCAAGACAUGUCUGAGGUGCAGUUUCAAUCAGCCGCUGCCCCAGUCCUCAGUCGUGGCUUUAGCACUGUCUACAAAGCUAAACCAGGAGGCUUGCGCUUUGCCCAUCUUCUAGACCAGGUUUCUAGAAUUGCUCCAGAAAUGAGGAUCCGUUUCACCUCUCCACAUCCCAAGGAUUUUCCUGAUGAGGUCCUGCAGCUCAUCCAGGAGCGACACAACAUCUGCAAACAGCUUCACCUCCCAGCCCAGAGUGGAAGCACACGAGUCCUGGAGGCCAUGCGAAGAGGAUACACAAGAGAAGCAUAUAUAGAGCUUGUACACCAUGUGCGUGAGUGCAUUCCGGGAGUGAGCUUGAGCAGUGAUUUCAUUGCCGGCUUCUGUGGAGAGACGGAAGAAGAUCACCAGCAGACUGUGUCCUUGCUGCAGGAAGUUGGCUACAAUGUAGGAUUCCUGUUUGCCUACAGCAUGAGACAGAAAACCCGGGCAUAUCACCGGCUGCAAGAUGAUGUGCCUGCAGACAUAAAAAAGAGGCGGCUGGAGGAGCUCAUUACAGUGUUUCGAGAGGAGGCUGCAAGGGCAAAUGAGACAAUGGUGGGCCAGUCUCAGCUGGUGCUGGUGGAGGGGCCCAGCAAGCGCUCUGUCUCGGAGUUGUAUGGGAGGAAUGACGGCAACAUCAAGGUGAUCUUCCCUGAUGCUGAGAUAGAGGAUGCUGCAGGCUGCAAGGCUCUGGUCAGAGCUCAGCCAGGGGACUAUGUGUUGGUGAAGGUAACCUCUGCUAACUCUCAGACCUUGAAGGGAGUUCCGCUCUGUCGUACUACCCUCUCCCGCUCUGCAGCUUGUCAUUGAGGUAUCCCUGCUGCCAGUGGACAAAAGCAGCACAUUUUCUCCAGGAAGAAACAAAGAAGCUUGGUCAGGUGGAGAUGGGGUAGCAACAGGGAGAUAUAUGUAUAUUAAAAUAAUAAUUCAAAAAAAAUAUUCUGUUUUGGCAACAGCCUACCCGCCACAGAUCUGUGCAAGCCUGUAGGCAAAAGGGAUAGAAGCUGUGUAUGGACUUGCCAAAGCCAAGUACUGAGUGAUCUUGUAUUUUCACUUGCUGUCAGGCUUGGCCCACCCUUGCAGUGCUGCAGGUCUCUCUGACUUUGAUCACAUCCUCUAAUGUAGCCCAGCCUGAGAAAUUUGUGUCUGCAGAGCAGGUCAGUCCUACUAGUUCAGUUGAAUUUGGGGGCUGCAAAAACUGGUAGUGCCUAGAAAAUACAGCUCCAGUAACUGCUGGAGAAUGGCAGGAGUACUGCCAAAGUGGAUGAAGAACUCAAAGAACAGUUGAUUGUGAUGAAUUAUUUCCAAAUAUUGGUAACUUCCCUAUUUGCAAAAUGCUUGGGAAGGGGAAGUAAGAACCUGCACUGUACCUGUAUGAUGGAAUAUGGCACCAAACUGUGGAAUAUAAAAUGGUGUUUAACGUG